AUGUCGUUUGCUCAAAUUGUUAUCGGUCCACCUGGGUCUGGGAAAUCUACUUAUUGUAACGGUUGUUCUCAAUUUUUUAAUGCAAUUGGAAGACAUGUUCAGGUUGUCAAUAUGGAUCCUGCCAAUGAUAGACUAAGUUACCCUUGUUCUGUUGAUAUUAGAGACUUUAUCACGGUGGAGGAGAUCAUGCAAGAACAAGAACUGGGACCAAAUGGUGGUUUAAUGUAUGCCGUGGAGUCCCUACAGGCCUCGAUGGAUCUGUUCGUAUUACAAGUUAAAGCAUUGGUUCAAGAGGAAAAGGCUUACGUUGUGUUUGAUUGUCCUGGGCAAGUCGAACUGUUCACUCAUCAUUCGUCAUUAUUUAAGAUUUUUAAAAGAUUAGAGAAAGAACUGAACAUGAGGUUUACUGUGGUCAACCUGAUCGACUGUUACUAUUUAACUUCACCUUCCCAGUAUAUAUCUGUUGUUCUGCUGGCAUUGAGAUCGAUGUUGAUGAUGGAUUUGCCUCAGAUCAAUGUGUUUUCAAAGAUUGAUAUGGUGAAAUCAUACGGUGAAUUACCUUUUAGGCUGGAUUAUUACACGGAAGUACAAGAACUAGAAUACUUGUUGCCAUACAUUGAUAAGGAGUCGAAUAGUGUUUUGGGGAAAAGGUACAGCAAGUUGACAGAAACAAUCAGCGAAUUAAUCACCGAUUUCAAUUUGGUUUCCUUCGAAGUCUUAUGUGUGGAUGAUAAGCAAAGUAUGAUACACUUACAGAGUGUGGUAGACAAAGCCAACGGGUAUAUAUUUGGUUCCUCGGAGGUUGGUGGGGAUACAGUGUGGGCUGAGGCAACUAGACAAGGUGCUACGUUGCAAAACUCAAUUGAUAUACAAGAAAGAUGGAUAGAUAAUAAAGAAAAAUAUGAUAAGGAAGCAGAAGAGUUGGAGGAAAGAUUACGGAAAGAAUCGGAGUUCAAUGACAAAGAAGUACCACUCACAGAGGAUGAUGAAUGGGAAUCUGCGUUGAAAGAUUGGGAAGAAAAACAAGGUACGGACUUCGUAAGAUGA